GUCCGGAGCAGCAUGUGAACCAGUUCAAACAUCAAGUGAACAGUUGAACAUCGAAAAUGGCUGUGGGUGUGAUGAAGAUUGUGGCGGUAACGAUGGUGUUCAUGACGGGUGCAUAUGGCGGAGAUUUCAUCAAGUUAUCUCAGUACCAUCGAAUGCCUCCUUUAGCCCAAUUCGAGGACUACGAUUUGUGCAUGGAAAAUGUUCCCGACGGCCACAUAUCGACGUACUGCGUGACACGGGUUGUUAUCAAACCGGACAACGGUUCCGAGUUAUGGCACUUAGUCGAGGACUUUUCCAAAGAUUGGAAACGGCAUCACAACCAUGCUCUGCUGGACCGGGGACUCUGCAUGGCGCAGUGCAAACAGCUGUAUCAAAGCCUUUCGAACACCACGAGACAGGCGCUCAGGGUAGAAAAGUUCGAUAUUGGUUUUCCGUAUAUAGUCGACGUAACAGUUUUCAAAGAUACUUUGGACGACCAGAAACGAUAUGGAGACAUGAUUGAUGUGUGCGUCAAUUAUGAACUCAACCGGACCUAUCAACUACGAGGGUAUACAGAGAUCGAGGUCUGUGACAGGAAUGAUGAACCUUUCGAAAUCGAUACGUUGGAUUUGAGCUUCUUGAUUUUGAGUUCAAUGAUAGUCUUCUUCAUUAUCCUGUCCACUUGGUAUGACAAAUCGAUCAAUUACAAAAAAGACGUAGUUCAUUACAAGAAUCCUUUGAUGACUAAGAAGCAAACGCUGCUGGUAUCGUUUUCAAUUCUACGCAACUGGUACCGGUUAUCGUCUCGCUCGGAGGACCCAUUGAGUAGGGAUCUGCGCUUUCUUCAAGCCAUACGGUUCUUCACGAUGUACCUGGUGAUAUCUGGGCAUUCGGCGUUGCUUUUCUUUAUCUUGCCUACGCAGAACGCUUCCAAGAAGGAAAUGCUAUACCAUAACAUCGGAACCAUGAUGCUUACCGGUGGGGUGCAAAUCACCCAAACUUUUCUCGCCAUCAGUGGCUUCCUCCUGACUGUUCUGGUCAUGAACUACGCCGAAAAACGAAAGUCCAAACCCGGACUCCUGUUCCUGCUGAAGGCAACCGUUUACCGGUACGUUCGCCUAACUCCGGUCUACGCUUUCGUGAUAUUUCUGCAUGCUACGUGGCUAUCGAAGAUGCAGGAUGGACCACGCUGGAAGGUGGGAUCCGAAACCGAACGUGUUUUUUGCAGACGGAAUUGGUGGAGUAAUUUGCUGUACAUCAAUAACUACGUGAAUGCUGAUCAACCUUGCGUUCAGCAAGGAUGGUAUCUCGGAUGUGAUUAUCAGCUGUUCGUGUUAGGGACUUUGUUAUUGAUCAUGAUACUAAAGUUCCGCAAAUUAACCAAAUUUAUAAUAGCGGUGGCAGUUGUUCUGGUUUAUUUGAUUCCUGCCGUAUUUAUCUACAACCAGAAACUGGAUGCCGUCUUUCUCGUGACACCUCAAGCUCAACGGUUCGUUUUGUGGUUUGAUCAAUACUAUCAGAAAGCGUACAUCCCACUGCACAUGAAUUUGGGUAACUACCUUGCCGGCAUGAUAACCGGACUUAUCUAUCUCCACCUUCGGAAGAACAACAUCGAUCCUGUUCAGAAAAGGUGGUUCCGCAUCCUUUGGUUCUCGAUCGUACCUUUGGCGAUCGGAAGCCUCCUGGUGCACUACAUCUUCUAUGUGAACGACUUCGAGAAACCUUCACUAUGGAUGGCAAUAAUUUUUCCUAUGAUGAAGUACACAUGGGGCAUUUUUAGCGGACUGUUCCUCAUCGGAUUCGUUAACGGCGUGGCACCGACUAUGAGGCGUAUUUUCCAUCACCGAGUGUUCGAAACGUUGGGUAGGUUAACGUACAGUGCCUAUCUGAUACACGUGUUCGUCAUGCGAUUAUUCGUGCUCAGUAAUCGAUCGGCUAUUCAUUUCAAUCACAUAGGCUCGAAUGUCGUGACACUUGCUUCGUUGAUAUUCUCCUACAUGCUUGCUCUGAUGUUAUGCUUAGCGUUGGAACUGCCCGUUUCAGCGUUACAAAAACUGAUGUUUGGUGAUAUGAAAGGUGGCACAAACAGCGAUGUGGAAACCGAACCGGCUAGUAAUGGAAAUAUAAAAGUAGAGAAUUGUUCCACCAACCAAUCCCGGACUUCAAAUAUAAAUAUUAGUGAAUAAUAUUGUUAAAAUAGUUGAAUAAAUUGACUAAAAUGACUCUGAAUGUUGAUUACACAAUACAGUAUGUAGUUAAUCGUUGA